AUGGGAUUCUGUCCAAAUCGCGGCUCCCUCUCUCACUCACAGUCCAGGUCCCUAUUUAAACUGAGGCUCCGGACAGAGCCAGCCUGAAGCCGCCGACUUUUGGAGUGGCCAAGUCUGGCUCAGUGCACAGGACGAUGGGGGUCGUUCCUCAUCUCUGUCUCUUUCUGUCCUGCUUGGCAGGUGUGAGGUCCGUCAUCUACCCGGAUCAGCCCGCGUCAGUGGUCGUUAAGCCCGGCGAGUCCCACAAAUUAAACUGCAACGCUGAUGGGUUAGAUCUCAAAAGGCGAAACGUUCACUGGGUUAGGAUGUCCUCCAGGAAAGAGCUGGAGUGGCUGGCAAUAGUAUGGACGACAAACAAACCCGACUAUUUGCCUGCACUCCGAGACCGACUCAUCGCUUCCAAGACUGACGGAUCGGUCUUUCUAGAAAUGAAGGAUCUGAAAGUCGAGGACACGGCAGUCUACUACUGUGCGGAAGAUGGAGGAACUCCGAUCUACCACGGCGACGGGGAGCUGAACAGAAACUGGUCCCGACAAAGGAGCGUCUGCAGCGCAGUCUGUCUCCACGGAUUCCGCAUUGCUGCUUCCCAGAGUCAAAUCCCUAUUAUUGGAUGUGACGGGCAAAUGAAGUUAUUGCACUGUGUGAAUGGGGAGAUGGAGCACUGUGACGAUCUUCGAGUCUGGGGGAACGGUACCUCGCUGACAGUGACUUCAGAGGUCAAGUCCACACCAUCACUCUACAUCACUGCUUCCUGGAACAAAGAAACUGACCAAGACAUCAGCCUCCUUUGUCUGGUCAAGGACUUUCAGCCUGAGAGCAUCAGUCAGACAUGGUCCACUAACAGUGGGGACAUCACCACAGGAAUCAAGAAAUACCCGGCGGUGUUGGGGCAAAACUCAAAGUACACGAUGAGCAGCUUGCUCCGAGUCUCUGUGGCGGACUGGACGAAGAACAAAGUCUACUCCUGCAAGGCAGGGUACAAACCAAACGAGAUUGUGACAGUGAAGAUCCAGUCUCUGAAUCUCAUCUCCCUUGUUCCAUCCCCGGAGGAUGUCCAAAGUCAAGCCACUGCUGUCCUGGGCUGUAUGAUACAUGGAUUUCAUCAUCACAACCUUAAUAUUGCCUGGAAGAAAGAUGGAUUGGUUCAAACAGGCAACAUUCUCUCUUCCACUUCAAGAAUCAAUUCUAGUUCUGAAACCUUCACUUACCUGUCAAUGCCUAUGAAGGACUGGACCAACAAAUCUAAAUAUACUUGUGAAGUCAACCAUCCCUAUGGCUUCAGCAAGCUGGCCAGCAUGAGAUAUGCAGACGAAUUGUCUGUCUUUAUUCAAAAUCCUGACAUUGAAGAGGUGUGGAUCGGCAAAACUGCUACCGUGAAGUGCACGGUUCUCUGUACUGAUCCACAGAAUAUCCACAUCAGUUGGUUGGUGAACGGGACAGAGUCAAAAAUCCCUGCUUCCUCUGAAGAACCAGAAAGUAAAGGAAUCGUAAAAAUAGUGAUCAGUACAUUGAGCUCCAGUGUAGAGGAGUGGCUCAGUGGGGUGGAGUACGAGUGCUCUAUUCAAGAUUUUUCCACGUCCUCUAAAAUGUCAGCAAAGACAAAAAGAACCAAAGGAACAACAAAACAUCCUGAUGUCAGAUUGCUGCUUCCAACAGAGGAAGAAAUCAAGUCCAAUGGUUCUGCCAUUCUUGAGUGUGUGGCUGCGGGAUUCUACCCAGACCACAUAACUGUCACUUGGGAGAAGGGCAGCUCUGUGAUCAGGUCAGGCACCCAUGCUACACCGACCGCUCUGGAGCAGGGGGGCACUUUCAGUGUCAGACACUUCCUGACCGUGAGUUUACAGGAGUGGAAGACAGAAUCAGUCUUCAGCUGUACAGUGACUCAUCCCUCCUCCAACACCCGUAUCAAGAAGCAAGUGAAGAACAUCCCAGAAUUGUCUGUCCUUAUUCAAAAUCCUGACAUUGAAGAGGUGUGGAUCGGCAAAACUGCUACCGUGAAGUGCACGGUUCUCUGUACUGAUCCACAGAAUAUCCACAUCAGUUGGUUGGUGAACGGGACGGAGUCAAAAAUUCCUGCUUCCUCUGAAGAACCAGAAAGUAAAGGAAUCAUAAAAAUAGUGAUCAGUACAUUGAGUUCCAGUGUAGAGGAGUGGCUCAGUGGGGUGGAGUACGAGUGCUCUGUUCAAGAUUUUUCCACGUCCUCUAAAAUGUCAGCAAAGACAAAAAGAACCAAAGGAACAACAAAACGUCCUGAUGUCAGAUUGCUGCUUCCAACAGAGGAAGAAAUCAAGUCCAAUGGUUCUGCCAUCCUUGAGUGUGUGGCUGCAGGAUUCUACCCAGACCACAUAACUGUCACCUGGGAGAAGGGCAGCUCUGUGAUCAGGUCAGGCACCCAUGCUACACCGGCCGCUCUGGAGCAGGGGGGCACUUUCAGUGUCAGACACUUCCUGACCGUGAGUUUACAGGAGUGGAAGACAGAAUCAGUCUUCAGCUGUACAGUGACUCAUCCCUCCUCCAACACCCGUAUCAAGAAGCAAGUGAAGAACGUCCCAGGUACACCCUGAGAUUUGGUGGGAUAUGAGUCAAUCACAGCCAAUCUGUUCUGAAGCAUCAAUGUCUCCCAGAAAACCCGCCUUGUGUCAAUAUUUCACGUGUUCUGACCAUUUGUUUUAGAUCUUGUGUCUGCCUCUUCAUGAUUCCAUCUAUAAAGUACUUGUUUUAUUAGUUUGGUGAUUAUUAACUGACCCAGAGAAUCAUUUAGCUCAUUAAUUUCCUGACACUUACUACAUGAUGAAAAUCUGGAUUCUUCUCAUUGAGAACAAAAUUCAAAGCAUAUUAAUCAAAUGGCAUGAUUCACCACAAAUCUCUGUGCAGCCGGAUAACUUUCAGUGCUGUAUGUGAUUACA